AUGAAGUGGUUUAUCUACGUAAUAGUGUUAGUGUACAUGUUCUAUAGAGCAGUGUAUGGAGCCGAGGGGAAUGCAUUGGAGAUAAUACCUAUAUCGUAUCCAGAUGGUUUGAACUACCUACCUUCGGGAUCUCGAUUAACUAUCACUUGCAAACUGAACAAUAGGAAUCAGAAGGUAGAAUGGCUGGACCCCGAGAAGGAAGUGGUGACCCACAACACCACGAACAGGGUAUACUCCCACCGCCGGAUAGCUCCGUCUAGUGCCAAGACGUCUCCGUUUCUGCUAACCUUCACCCGUGCUGUGGUUGAUGACAGUGGAGUCUACACUUGUCAGUCGGAGAGGGAGAAGAAAGAGAUCUCACUCUGUGUUCUUGAUGCUGCUCGUUUUGUGGACACGCCCAGAGAAGAGUUUGUAGACAAAGGGAGAUCUUUCACACUGUCAUGCCGGGUGAGGGGAGAUCCACAACCUGUGUUGAUUUGGUCUAAGAAUCAACGGGAAUUAUACGAUGACAAAUUGACAUCGAAAUACAAGAUCUUCGAGAAAUUCAACCACGACGGCUACGAGAGCCUCCUGACCGUGACCUCCGUGACCCCAGAAGACAGUGGGAGCUACACCUGCACAGCUGUCCAGGAGAAUGUGCUGGUGGAUGACUGUUCUUUGGUCGACUCCAUCAAUAUUACGCUGCAAGUGAACUAUGCGCCCGAGUUCGAGGGCGGCAGCGACACUUCUAUGAUAUUCGCUAAUUACAAUGACACUGUAAACAUGGACUGUUCUGUCAGCGCCUUCCCAAAACCAACUUACAAAUGGUUUCACGACGUGGGAGACAGUACCCUAUUCCAGUAUCCUUCUAAGCAAAUAAAGCUGUUGGAAGACGAGACUAUAGCCAGGUUGACAUUGGUGGCAGACUCACUCAGUUUUGGACAGAAGUUCACUUGCAAAGCUGCUAAUGAUUUGGGGGAAUCGCAUAAAGAUUUUGUACUGGUGAAGCUUGGGAGGCCAGAAGCGCCUGUGGAGGUGUAUGUUGCAAAAGCAUUACAAAGUGAAUUAAUUUUUAAUUUCACAUUUAAUGAAGAAAGUUCGCCUUUCGAUAUAAUACAAGCCCAGUUGAAGUUCAGCGGCGAUCCUGACAGGAGACCACGGGAAACGGAAUGGCGGCGAGGAAGCAGGACGGUGGAUCUUGAAGUGCUAGAAGAUAACGCAGGUCUUUACAAACUGCCGAAACUAGAAGCCGAAACGAAAUACUGGGUUCGAUUCCGAACGAAGAACGACCACGGUUAUUCUCCAUGGAGUGAUCCCCAUUCAGUAUCAACCCGGGCUGAUGAAGAACCCACGUCUACUGAAGAAGUCGCUGAAGAAACUACUACAGAAGAGGUUGCUAAGGCUGAGGAAGAAAUUGGUGAAGAGGAUUCUUUAAGUGAUGGUACCUUUUAUGGUAUAUUUUUCGCUGGAGGCAUUUUUGUUCUGGCUUUUGUAUGUAUGUUUGUUAUGAGAAUGGUAUAAUUUUAAUCUAGAAUUAUAACAAGAGUUUGUAAGAUAGCGUUUAAAAAUAUAAGAGUUAUCGGUUUGAUAAGUCACGAGGCAGUUUUAAAAAUAG